UGUGAAUACGGCAGAAUGUUGUAAAAUUAUUUGUGUUAAUACUUAGUGACGUGAGCUCACCGCUUAAACUUUUCUCUAGUGAUUAUGGUCUUGUGUCGUGUCUAAGUUGUUAAUAUCCGUAUGAUGUUGUUUCAUUCAUCACAAUUUUCCAUGUAAGGCCUAUUCGUCACACUAUUUGCACAGCUUGGCUGAAGAACAACAACUAUGCAUGAUAUUUAAAAGAACGAGCAUUGUAAGGUGUUCAGUUAUUCACUGUUGGUUAAUGCGACGUAUAUUGUGAAUUGUUUACUGCCUGUAAUAAAAUCUUGGCCAUAUAAUGGCUGUCACGACUGUUGUAAUAGUCGCUUCCUUGGUCGCCGUCGCUAGCGCUGGAUUUCCUGGCUUCCCAUGGCCUGAAAACGACGAUGUAUUCCCACCACUUCCCGUACCGAUGUUCCGUUUCCCCCCUAUACCCAGAGCCCGAUCUAUGAACGGUAUGCCCAAUUUUCCAAUGCCCUUCUUUCCUCCAUUCCCGAAAUUCAAAUUUCCAAAAAUGCCGUCAUUUGAGGAUAUAGCGAAUGCGAAGCCAGGCCAAGGAGGUACAUACAGUGGAGUUGUCGUCAGCACGAAGUCUGAAAUGAGGAGGGAUGAUGAAGGGAAUCUGGUCAAAACGGGCGGUUCCACCAUCCUGAUCAACAAUGAUGGAAAUGUCAAGAUAGAAAAAUCCGGAGACUCGCCACCAGAAAUCGCGACUAGAAAUAACGGGUUCUUUGAAUUCGACGCCCCACAGCCCAAACCGCUUAAUCACAAUAAUAGGUUCAAGAAAUUCGAAUUCAACUUCGAGCCACUAAACCCUGAGAGGCUCAAGAAAAUUGUACCUGGUGAAAAUGAAUAUUUUAAAGGAAAAUCUGUCAGAAGCCACAGCUAUACUUCCAAUGUUAAUGGCGUGGUUAAUCAGGAAGCCAGUGUAAUUAGAGUAGAAAAUGACAACGGUAAAGUAAAUGAAGAAACUAUUUCGUUCCGUAAGGGCCCUGAGCGAUAAACCUGUUUUGUCGAUACUUUUUUUCUAUUUUUUUUACGUUUCAGCUUAGUUAUUUGAACCAGUGAUUAGUAAUGGACUAACUUUACCCGCAUACUGUAGACAAAACAGUCGGCUCGACAGUUGAGGUUAUUUUUUUAAAAGAAUGUUAUUCCAACCAAAGUUUUCAGUCAGUCUGAUACCGGCUAAAUACCUGAUCUUUGUAAUGUGCGUACUACCAUUCAUCUUCAUACCGAUUUAUUAUCCAAACAAACUGUUGACCGACGAAAAUUCAGUGUGCGGGUACUAUUAAUGUAAUUAACCGUAGUACAUAAUAUAGUUUUUUUUAACAAUCAUCUUUGUUAAAAACAUUUUUUUUAAGUUUUUUAUUUAUGUAGAUAAGCAAAUUCAUGAAAUUGGAAAACAAGUUUUAUUGAGAUUUAUUUAUGAAUUGAUUAAUAUAAAGUUAUGAUAGGAAUAAGACAACUUGCAUCUUCCAGUUUUGUAAAUACGAGUAAUUUUGUAUGUUAUCUCAAGUAUUAGUUGGCGAACUGCUAAAUCAUUAUUCUUGCAAUUUUAUUCUUGACUGCUAACUUAUUGUAAAUAGAUUAAAGUUUUAUUGUGUUUAAUUAGCAGUUUCAUCAAAAUUAAGAUAAAGGGAGCUUCUGGGGAACUGUGACCUUUGGGUAGUCGUAACAUACAUAGGUACUUAGCAGUUUUUUUUUAUAUAAUUUAAAAUAAGCGUAUAGAUAAUUAAUAAAUAUCAUUACUUUCGUU